AACGGGAGCAAGAAAAAACAUGCGCACCGUACCGGACAUGGGGGGCCGCGCGUAUAUAAGCAUGGGGAACGGGCGGAAAACAGCAUAGUGCGCCUUCGAACGGGCGCGAAAUACGAUCCGCCGCUUUUCAAAGGCUUCGCACGGGCGCGUGAAAAUCGCUCAAUUUCCCCGGUACCGACAGUGAUUUAAUUAGCCGGCCAAUCGCUCAAUAAUUGACUAGACAACAUGGCAGUGCACAUGCCGAGAAACUACCCCAAGCGGCCGCCCAUCGAGCGGUUCAAAUUCACCCGAUAUGAGUCGAUUGAUACGGGCGCAAUGACCCCACCAAUCACCCCAACGACCCCCGUGAGUCCUAAGGAGUACGACAUUGUGUUGGCAGGUGAAAAGGAUCGCGAGGACGUUUUGAAUUUUCUGCGACAGUUCUUCUUCAAAGAUGAGCCGCUCAACAAAUUUUUAGGGCUUAUCAGUGAGCAGACGCCCAGAUGUUUCGAUUUGGAGGCGUUUGCCACAAAGGAGCUGGACAACGAACUCAACCUCAAAGCGGUUCAUAAUGGGAAAACUAUUGGAAUUUGUCUCAACGGGCUAAUAAAGCGAGGAUACCUGGACAAAGGGGACGAUGGACUAAAAAUCACCGAUCAGAAAUUUUCGAAAAUUGUCAGGCUGCUGGACCGAGUGGCUGCCGAAUCGGACGUUUUUUCCAGAUUUCCCGACUGCGACAAGGCGAUGACAGUGAAAAUUCUAUCGGUGGAUGGCGCUUACCGUGGCCAGGGCAUUGCCAAAGAGCUGAUGAACAAAACCAGAGAGUUGGCGAAGGAGUUGGGAGCGGGAUUUAUGACCGUCGAAUGUACCAGCCAUUUCACAGCGUUGGCGCUCCAAAAGUUAGGUUUCGAACUGCAUUACGCGCUCAAGUAUGCUGAUCACAAGGAAAAUGGAAAUACAGUUUUCCAGCCCGAACCACCGCACGAGGCCUGCACUGUCUACGUGCAGAAAAUUUAAUUUCCUAGACUGGCAAAGGAAAAAACGAACUUGUACCUGAUUUAAUACGUUUCUCUUGAACAAGUUACGACCGUUUCAACUUUGCUUCGAACUAUUUAUUAUAUGGAUGUUGUUGUUCUAUACGCAUUAUGUAACCAUGAAUGUGAUAAUACUAAUAAGUGUGUGGCCAAUUCACGUAACCAGGCUUGGGAAAAUUCGAUUGAGUAACGAAUUGCUUUGCUCAAAAUUGCUCAGUUAUGUCUGGACGGCGAUUUUAUAAUGUUUUAUACGUACGCGGCUCAUACCCCGGCCUAUUCGGAAGUUAGUUCAUAUUUUCUUAUAGAAAUAUAUGCAUGCAUAGGCAUUGUUGUAAUAAACAUUUGUGGUAUUCA